AUGAGACAAUAUGGCCAGCCGCUACGUGAGCCAUUCCCUGUCCAGGAUUUCGAAGACACGCUGAAGAAGUGUGAAAAGACCUUGGAGCCAUACGCUGAACAUCUCGUCGAUAAGAAGAUGACCGUCAAGAAGUUCAUCUUCACGAUCAGAUACAUCGGGAUGGAAAAGGAGAUCGAUGGGCUGAGGAAACAGAUCAGCGGCCAUUACCAAGCGCUGAACAUGUGCAUUUCCUUUCUGCAAUUGCGGCUACAUCUCGAGGCAACCAAGCAGACUCAGCGUCUUCUCGACGCUGCGCCGUCUCGUACAGUAAAUUUAGGCGGCCGCGCUUACUCCACAAACACUCUUGGUGUUCCAAGCAACCGCGCACCACUGGCACUCGCGUCUUCCGACGAACACCCGUUGUUCAGCGAAUGGAAAAUCUUUGAUCGAUGGCUGCAAAGUGAGGACGAACGUGUUGCUCAAGAAGCGGGACUAUCGCGGCCUCUUUCUCUGGGAGACACACCUGCUACGUUUUCUACUGGUGAUGUUCAGACAGCUGCUGUACUAUAUCAUCUGAGACGGCAGGUCGAUGACGCGAUUUUCAUCGAGGAGAAUCGCGCAAAGCGAGCUACGGCGGAGAAACGCUCACACUUGGUCCCAAGCGACGCGAUGAAGCAGCAGGUCCGCAACAUGCCACCAGCUCCAUUGCGAACCUAUACCCUCGAGACAGAUCACUCCGGGAACUUCACCAUGUUUGGCCAAGACAGCUUGAGUGACUCCACGGGCAGCAACCGCCCGACCUUGAGUCUACAGCCAUCGUCUCCAGAUUACUUUGGAUCAGUCGAUUGGUCGCAGUCGCCUAGACCGACAUCGCUUGAGCCUAAUAGGAUACCUUUUAGUUCCACAGUUGCCUGUAGCGAAAGCUCUUCGCCCGCAUCACCGUCGUCAACGGGUACUGCCUCAGAGAAGCCCUUAUCUCCCACUUUGCGGCGCAGUCUCUCGCGUACAUCCCUGGCAACCAUGACAUUAGGAGACGCUGCACUCGACUGGAAGCGAAUAUGUCGCAACGUUCAGGUCGAACGAAAGUCUCUGAAGUACGGAUCCGAAAAUCACGAGUGCGAGGUUCGGUGGCGAUAUCGAGAAGAUACUGGCAUCUCGCUGCGAACAGUCUAUCACUCUAGCCAAGACGGGAAGCUUCGAACAUGGACUGAACAGCACUUUCCUGCUACCGGGCCAGCGAUACCCUUGACUACCACGUAUGUUGACGGUGCAGUGUCUGUCGAUUUUCCGCGCAGCUCGUUCGGGAAACUCAACAGGCAGUAUAUUGACAUCAAGUACACGUUCAUUGGCCACGAAGCAGCAAACAGAUUCCAGACCUUGUUGUACACCAACAACGGUGCCGACUCUGCUAAUCUCGAAUUUGAUCGACCCAUAUCGAGCAUAUCCUCGGAUCACAAUCCGACUGAAUGUCGUGGAAGAAAUUUGCGGCUGUGGCGGCGUACCGAGACGCAUCUAGCCGAUGGUGGGCUCGUUACGUCUGAGGUCUUGAUUCUGCUGUUUUACACGAGCGCAUUGGAAGAGGAUGGGCACUGGGUCGAGGAGCCGCACUACGCAUUCGAAUGGCUCACGGAGUCGGUCUAUAAGAAAGACAGUGACAAGCUUACGCUUCUCUUCUCAAAAGACGCACCGCGUUGGGCGACUGAUAAGGUUUUCAAACGCCGCAAGUCAUCCACACAGACGGAUUCCGAAGCAGCGAAUCCGUCUCGCAAGAAACGCAACGACUCUAUGGAAAUGCUACGGUUUUCUCGAUCAGACAGCGUUACUUCAGGGUCGUUGAGCGGCUCGCCGAUUCCUUUGAAAGAUAUAUCGGGAGGUGGUGGUGGUUUCUCGAGGGCUGCUAAUCUGAACCGGUUUGGGUAUUCGGCGUUAGAGAUCAAGUUCCAGAGCAGGAAGGACAGGAUGGCGUUCUUAGACAUCUGGAAACAGUACGUCAAGCCGCUGAGUGUGUCCUGA